GUUCAGCAUACAAUGAAAUUAAUCUCCGAGAUAUUUUCAUUGCUAUAUUUAAACCUUCUUGUUUAUUCUUAUUUUCUUCUUUCUCUUAAGCUAACAUGUCAUUAUUAGAUAAACAAGAAAUUACUUCAGUAGAACUAGCUAACGAUUUAGACGCACAAGAUGAAUUUGCUAAAUAUCGAAAAGAGUUCGAAAUUCCCUUAAAAAAUUCAAUCACAAAUGAUUCUACCGAAACAGAUGAAGAAUGCAUAUAUUUGUGUGGUAAUUCAUUAGGAUUAAUGCCUAAAAGAACAAGAACAAUAAUUAAUCAAGAAUUGGAUGCUUGGGCACAAAGGUAUGUGCAUCCUUUAUAUAAAAGAUAUACAUACACUACUAAAAUUUGCUCACAUACAGGGGAGUUGAAGGCCAUUGGAACCAUCCUUAUAUGCGACCUUGGGUAGCUAUUGACGAGAUUGUCAAAGAACCGCUUGCAAAAAUUGUUGGGGCAAAGCCAAUUGAAGUAACAGCCAUGAAUACUUUAACUUCAAAUAUUCACUCAAUGCUUAUUUCCUUUUAUCAACCUUCCGAAACGCGCUACAAAAUUUUAAUUGAGAAAAAGGCAUUUCCCUCGGAUCAUGUAA